CCAUGAAGCCAAACCCGGUCCAACCUCAAAAGAACCCGGUUCCUAAAACCCAAUUAUCAUCUAAACCCCCACAUUUCUUCUCCACGGUCGUCUUCCCCAAAAUUCCAAAACCUAAGGCCAUCAACCAUGACUCUCCAACUGAGAGCCAGACACCGAACUCUAACAAAACCACCUCUCACUCACCUCUUCUCCACCACCACCUCCUCAGACCCAUCCGACCCAAAAGACCCAAAAGACCCAACAGACCCAAAUCCCCAAUCUCACUCUUCCUCGCUCACAUCCUAUUUCAGCGAUGUCAAAGCCAGCCUCAAACAACAACAACAACAACCACAACAACAGAGGAGACCCAUUUCUCAAAAUCCCUCAUUUUCGAACCAUCCUCUGUCCAGGACCUCCGGAGCGGCUUCCUUGGAAGAAAUCCGCAAAAACCUCUCGGAGUUUCGGCGGCGAUCCGCUGUGCCGGAACCCACAGACUCAAACUCUGCACCUUCACAGCAAUCUUCAACAGCUCAAGGUUCUACACAGCAAGUCUCUUUUCAAGAGCUUUAUAACAGAAAUGUGCUUGGCAAGUCUGAGGACCCCAAUGCCGAUAAGGGUGGGAAGCUCUCUUUCAAUGCGAUCCGAGAGAGCUUGAAGAAGAUAAAGUCGAAUACCAAUGUGCAAAGUGAUAGGAAGAGUGUGGACCCUAUGUCCUUAUCGGCAUUUACCAAUAGUUUGAAGCUCAAGCCGAAUGUGAUCGGUGGGACUGACACUUUGCCGAUGUCGAUUUUUGGGAAGGAGAAGAUAAAGGGGAGAAAUGAAGAAGAGGGCUCGUAUGCAAUGAAAACAGAUUUUGUGAAGUUGUAUGACCAUGCAGAGCUGGGGGAGAAGUUGAGGAGGUUGAGGCCGGAGGCCAAGGGGGACAGCUGGUUUUCAUUGAAGGAGUUAAAUGAGAGGUUGAUGAAGUUGAGGGAGAUGGAAGAGAUGGAGACUCAGGCGGCUAUGAGCGGCGUUUCGUUUAGGGAUUUGAGGGAUAGCUUGGUGAAAUUGAAGAUUUCGGAUGAGGAGAAGGUGAAGAAAACUUCGAUCCAGAGGCUUGAUAUCUUGGGCCAGUUCGGCCGAACUCCUAGCUUUAUGCUGCAACCUCCCAAGGAACACUUGGUUGAAAAGUAUUUCCAUCCAGAUAACAUGUCUUCUGCAGAAAAACUGAAAAUUGAGCUUGCCAAAGUUAGAGAAGAAUUUAAAAUGUCAGAGUCCGAUUGUGGUUCUGCACGAGUUCAAGUGGCACAGCUCACAACCAAGAUCAAACAUCUAUCUUCAGUUUUACACAAAAAGGAUAAGCAUUCCCGUAAGGGUCUUCAAGCGAUGUUGCAGAGAAGGAAGAGGUUAUUGAAGUAUCUUCGAAAAACUGACUGGGAUUCUUACUGCUUUGUUCUCUCUAAACUUGGUCUCCGGGACAAGCCAGAGUUUCUCUCUAAACUUGGUCUCCGGUACAAGACAGAUAACAAAACUUGACCAGUCGACAUUGUUUGUCUGUUUCUUCAGCAUUUUGAUUUGUAUCUGGUCAGCUAUAACUUUUUUCAAUUUUGUAGGGAAGAAAAGUGAAAUUGAAGGCCCAUACUAGUUUCAUUUCGUUUUUCUUUUUCACUUGUUUUGAAUAAGUAUGUUGCUAUUCUGUUCUUCUACUAAGACAUGUUUGACUAACUUUUCGAGUUAUACAACAUCCGACUAACACAAGCAUUGCUGUAUUUGGUUCCAAUGGGUUGCGUUAGUAAAGACUUAUCAGUUGUAAAUUCAUCUUUACAGUUCAUUUC